AUGAACAGCACGUUUGGACAUCAGCCAUCGAACCCGCGGCCCAGCAGCCCCCCUAUCCAGCAGCAGCACAGCGCACAGGAGCUCCUGGACAUGGCCGUGUACUGCGACAACCUGGGCAUGUACCAGCAGAACCUCCACCAACAGAACCUCCACCACCACCACCAUCACCACCACGCCGCCCAGAGGCCCCCGGCGCACCACCCGCCCGGCGGCUACGGGCUUGGGGACUACAGCGCACAGGCCUCCAACCCCUACCUGUGGCUGAACGGGUCCGGCAUCACCCCGGCCUCCCCCUACCUGUCCGGGGGCCCCGGGGCCGCCUCGUCCUACCUCCAGCCCGGGUACCACGGCGCCGGCCAGCGGCCGUUCCUUCCGCCGCCUCCCACCAGCUUCGGAGGGGCGGACCUGGGCUGGCUGUCGGUGUCCAGCCAGCAGGAGCUGUUCCGGAUGGUGCGGCCGCCCUACUCCUACUCGGCGCUCAUCGCCAUGGCCAUCCAGAACGCGCAGGAGAAGAAACUGACCCUGAGUCAGAUCUACCAGUACGUGGCGGAGAACUUCCCGUUCUACAAGAAGAGCAAGGCGGGCUGGCAGAACUCGAUCAGACACAACCUGUCACUCAACGACUGCUUCAAGAAGGUGGCACGUGACGAGGAUGACCCCGGCAAAGGAAAUUACUGGACUCUUGAUCCCAACUGUGAGAAGAUGUUCGACAACGGGAACUUCAGGAGGAAGAGGAAGAGGAGGAACGACGCGAGCGGAGAGAACGCAGCCGCUGCGGUGAAGUCGGAGGAGGACGCGGUGCUGAAAAUCUCCGUCUCGGACACCUCCAGCCUCCUCAGCUCCUCCUCCUCUCCACCCAGCCUGCAGGACUCCCCCAGCUCCCAGGAGUCCAAGUCCUCUCCGUCCCCGUCCCUGGACCACAGCCCCUGCUUCAACAGCUUCGUGUCCAACAUGACCUCGGUUCUCACGGGCAGCGGCAGCAACAACCACCUCAGCGGCGCCAUCAGGGGCAGCAUGAGGGACUUUGGGUCGGGCCACCUUGGGGACAUGGGGUCGCAGACGUCCGGCCUCGGCUCGUACUCGCCCACCCUGGGCUCCCCAGUGCUGAACUCUGACCACACGCACGGCGCCUCCAACCGGAUGAACUAUUACGCGCCGAUGGCGCAGGCCACGGCGGGCCUCGGGAACCACUUCAGCGUGAACCAUCUGGUCUACUCGCGGGAAGGGACGGAGGUCUAG